GCAUCCAGGCCACACGACCUGCGACAGAUAGUUGCUAACAUUACCACCAUACUAAAAAAAAACAGGUUACAUAACUUCGAACAUUGUGAUUUCACCUUAGGUCCGUGUGAUCCGCCGAGAGGGAGGCGUCGAGGAGAGUCUCUUCAGCGGCACAUUCCGCGUGAUAUUUUCACUUCGACACGUCGGUUCAACCAGAAUUUGAACGGGUCAUCAUGGCUGAUGAUUUUGAAGUGGAGGCCAUGCUGGAGGCUCCAUUCAGAAAGACUUCCCUAAUGAUAUCUCACCUCUACUCCCAUGAAUUCAUCUUUGAUUCCACUGUGAACUGUGAAAAAAAGGAAGGUAGUUAUUGUGCAUAUACUGAUGUACUGUGGUUCACCUUAGGACUAAAAGAGACUCCACCUAGAACGUCCGCUCCCCAUUCGGUUGCAACAAGAUAUUGCAGUUGCGGAGCGUCUUUGUGCGAAAGUACACACGAGUUCGUGAUUUUGUGGCAAAAUACAGGUGAACUAUAUUACUUUAUAUCUUCUGAAGUAAAUAUGAAUACUGCCUCUUUUAGUCAAACUGUGAUGUGAAUCGGCAUCUUGAUUAUUUACUUUUGCAUGCUACUACACACGAUAACCACAGAUAUUGAUUUCUAAUAUGAUUAAAAUGACUGUAAAAUAGAUUCUUCAUUGUAUUGCAAAGUGAGUUAAUAAUUCCGUCUGAAGUCAAACGGUUAGACGUAUUACUAAAGAUAAUGGCAGUGUGACACGUGGCUGAAUUGAUGGAUUUCUUUCUUUUCUUAUAUAAAAAAUUCAUUUCAUUCCUUGGGCCUCAAUAUUACUAAGAAGUGUGAAUCCCUGUUUGCUUCAGGGCAAGAUGUGUGACAGAGGUGGCAUCGAGCUCUUACAGUCCAAGAACGAAAAUGGGUGAAGAUCACUGGACUGACACCGGCCGCACACAGGAUCUCUUUUAGGGGCCGUGGGCCAUGCGUGGUCACGUGGUUAGGCACGCGUAGUGGUACGGCCAAUGAGAAGAGGGGGAUGGUGGAGAUGACCCCUGAACUCUGAUUUACAUGUUGGACAUGUCUCCCAUAACUUUUGCUUUUUUUCUUCUGUGUUGCAUACUUGCCAGCUUUAAAAAAAAAAAAAAAGACUUAAAAAAAACCCACUACAGGAUGGGAAUCAUUUGGGGUGGUGGAAGGACACUGUGCAGGGAUGACAGUAGGACAUUUUGAAGUAUAAUUAUUAAUUGAAAACAUUCUGCAUUUUCUCUUGUCCCACCCCCCCGUCCCCCCUUUUACCGUGACGACUUGCAAUGUUUCACCUCCGUCCUCAUGAUGUUCUUCUAUCAACCUUGCUUAGGAUGAGAUCAAGUCCUCUCAUGCAAAUGGACACGACGACCAACACAAGAAGUAAGUGCCGACUCAUUGUCUGAUAAUCCGUGUGCCGACGAGAGCGAGCGAAGGGGAAAAGGGGGAGAGUAUGCGUUUGCACGACGAUGGUGUUGUCACGUGUUUCAGAAAGAGAAGGAGCAAGAGCCGGAGCCCGGGCUCCAGAAAGAGGAGGAGCCGGAGCAAAGACAAAAAGAAGAGCAAGAAGAGGAGCAAGAGCCGCGAGAGGAAGAGGACCCGCAGCCGAGAGAGGAAGAGGAGCGGCUCGCGGAGCAAGGAGCGCUCCGGGCGCUACAGAGCUCGCAAGAGCCCCAUCCGGAAACGUUCAAAAAGUCGGAGCCCCUUCAAAAAGGAGAAGAGUCCCAUCAGAAACUUUGAAGAUGCCAUCGGACCAUUUAACAAAAUACGAGAUCUCUCCUCCAGGCAGCCCAUUGAUAACCUGACGCCGGAGGAGCGAGACGCCCGCACCGUGUUCUGCAUGCAGCUCGCCGCCAGGAUCCGAGCUCGAGACCUGGAGGACUUCUUCUCCGCUGUGGGGAAGGUGAGGGACGUGAGGAUGAUCUCGGACAGAAACUCCCGGAGGUCAAAGGGCAUCGCGUACAUCGAGUUCGUGGAGUCGUCCUCCGUGCCGCUCGCCAUCGGGCUGACGGGCCAGCGGCUCCUCGCCGUGCCCAUCAUCGUGCAGGCCUCUCAGGCCGAGAAGAACCGGGCCGCCGCCGCCGCCAACAACCUGCAGAAGGGCAGCUCGGGCCCCAUGAGGCUCUACGUCGGCUCGCUGCACUUCAACAUCACCGAGGAGAUGCUGAGGGGCAUCUUCGAGCCCUUUGGGAAGAUUGAGGGAAUCCAGCUGAUGAUGGACAGCGAGACCGGGCGCUCCAAAGGCUACGGCUUCAUAUCGUUUGCGGACGCAGAGUGUGCCAAGAAGGCUCUGGAGCAGCUGAACGGCUUCGAGCUGGCGGGCCGGCCCAUGAAGGUCGGCCACGUGACGGAGCGUUCCGAUUCGUCGACGGCGAGCUCGUUCCUGGACAACGACGAGCUGGAGCGCACCGGCAUCGACCUCGGCACCACGGGCCGCCUGCAGCUCAUGGCCCGGCUGGCCGAGGGAACCGGCCUGAAGAUCCCCCCCGCCGCCCAGCAGGCGCUGCAGAUGACCGGCGCCAUCCCCUUCGGGAACAUGUCCGGUUCUUCAGUUCACUCUAAUCAAAGCCAUGCGUUGAACCUCCCGUCCCAGCCGCUGGCCACUCACUGCCUGCAGCUGUCCAACCUGUUCAACCCACAAGCGGAGAACGACCCCAGCUGGGCCGCGGAGAUCCAGGACGACGUCAUCGAGGAAUGUAACAAACACGGAGGAAUCGUCCACAUCUACGUGGACAAGAACUCUGCCCAGGGCAACGUGUACGUGAAGUGUCCCUCGAUCCCGGCGGCGAUGGCCACCGUGAACGCGCUCCACGGACGCUGGUUUGCAGGCAAGAUGAUCACGGCCGCCUACGUGCCGCUGCCGACCUAUCACAACCUCUUCCCCGACUCGGUGACGGCGAAGCAGCUGCUGAUGCCGACGCGCCGAUAGUCGGUCGAGGCCGGAGUGUAUAUACGUUUUGUUUGGACGUCGUCGUGGAAACGGACUCGUCGGCGUCGCGUAAUAAAGCCUCGAGUUCAUGUGUCGAGUGGAUUUUGGGUUUUAUUUUGUUGCUUUGAGUUCGUGAGUCGUCUGCAGUUCUUACCGCUCUGUUUUUAAAUAUUCGUCUUAUCUGCUUGUUCAAAAAUCAGUUUUAGAUUUAAAAUAAAUUUGCAGAGUUACAAAAAACAAACUGUGUUGGGUUAAUGUUAUUAAUAGGCCAAACGUAUAUCUGUCAACAAUAAUUCUUUGUAACUUUUUACAGCCAUAAUUUCAUUUUUUGUAUGAAGGCUCCCAAAUAAAUAAACUUUGGCACAUUUGACUUCA